UCUUGUAAAAAAAUGUGGGGGAAACAAAAAAAAAAAAAAAAAAACGAGGCUCUUUGCUCUGAGCAUGUGGUCUUUGUUUGAAGUUUGUGUGGCUGAAUCCAUUCAGCUGUCAGUGUGAGACAGCAGCAGCACUAGAGUCAGUCCACUCUAAAUGUGCCACUCGGAACAGGCGGCCGAUUCUUCAUCUCUCAUUCUCUCUUCAGUCCAGGAUGGCAAAAUAACACGGUGAAGGCGAGAGAAAUCAGCAUCUGCGUAUAUGGGAGACUGUUAUUACAGCCAAGUUUAGUUUCCACUAGAGUUAAACACUCUAGACACACGCUUAUAAAUGCUUAUUGAUGAAAUGAAAGUGAAGCGAUCGGAGAUGUGGAGAGCCCGUGUCCUGCUGCUGUUCGCCGGAUGCGUGUGUGCGAGUGUGCCGGAGGAGCCUGCGGACAGAGCGGCUCCAUCUGACGGCUACUGCAACUGGAUAACGCGGGCUCAGCCGCAUGGAGCUGGAGGCAGGAGAGAGGGCUUCAAUGAGUUCAGACUGCGAGUGGAAGGAGACCCGGAGCAUUAUCAUCCCGGCAGCACUUAUCGAGUAACCCUGUAUGCAACCAACCCUGCGUACUUCAGAGGCUUUACUCUUAUCGCUCUGAAGGAAGGGCAGAAUGGUGACCAAGAGGAGGAUUAUGCUGGGAAUUUCCAGAUAAUUGACGAGGAAGACACACAGUUUAUGACAAACUGCCCUCCAGCAGUGACAGAAAGCACCCCUCGCAGAAGGACCAGGAUACAGGUGUUCUGGACAGCACCACCGUCAGGCAGUGGCUGUGUACUGCUGAAGGCUAGUAUUGUUCAGAGGAAGAUCAUCUCUUUCCAGGAUGAGGGCUCGCUCACGAAGCGGAUGUGUGAGAAAGAACCGCUGUAUGGAGAAUCCACAGACAAACCUCUGCUGGACUGCUGUGCCUGUGGAACUGCCAAAUACAGAGUCACCUUCUACGGGAACUGGUCAGAGAAAUUGCACCCAAAAGACUACCCAAGGAGAGCCAAUCACUGGUCGGCUCUCAUUGGAGCUUCCCAUUCGAAGAACUAUAUAUUGUGGGAGUAUGGAGGUUAUGCCAGUGAAGGAGUCAAACAGAUCGCUGAACUGGGCUCACCGGUCAAGAUGGAGGAGGAGAUCCGUCAAAAGGGUGACGAGGUCUUGACCGUCAUAAAGAUGAAGGCCCAAUGGCCAGCCUGGCAGCCCCUCAAUGUUCGAGCUGCUCCCUCAGCUGAGUUUUCAGUGGACCGCACACGUCACCUUAUGUCCUUUUUGACGAUGCUCGGUCCCAGUCCUGACUGGAAUGUGGGUCUGUCAUCAGAAGACCUUUGCACCAGAGAAUGUGGCUGGGUCCAGAAGGUCGUUCAGGACCUCAUCCCAUGGGAUGCAGGAACAGACAGUGGGGUCACUUAUGAGUCUCCCAACAAGCCUACAGCACCUCAGGAGAAAAUUCGUCCCCUCACAAGUUUAGACCAUCCACAGAGCCCUUUCUACGACCCAGAGGGUGGCGCAAUCACUCCUGUGGCCAGAGUUGUUGUGGAGAGAAUUGCCCGCAAGGGUGAGCAGUGCAACAUUGUGCCUGAUAAUGUGGACGACAUUGUGGCUGACAUUGCCCAGGAGGAAAAAGAAGAAGAUGACACUCCAGAGACAUGUAUCUACUCCAACUGGUCCCCAUGGUCUGCGUGCAGCUCCUCAACAUGUGAGAAGGGGAAGAGGAUGAGGCAGAGAAUGCUGAAGGCACAGCUGGAUCUCAGUGUGCCCUGUCCACAUACACAAGACUUUGAGCCCUGCAUGGGGCCUGGCUGCAGUGAUGAAGAUGCUUCCACAUGCAUGAUGUCAGAAUGGAUCACAUGGUCACCAUGCAGUGUGACAUGUGGCGCAGGUGUGCGCUCUAGGGAGCGCUAUGUAAAACAGUUUCCUGACGAUGGCUUUCCUUGCACCCUUCCCACUGAAGAGACAGAGCCAUGCACAGUCAAUGAGGAAUGCUCUCCAAGCAGUUGCCUGGUUACUGAAUGGGGUGAAUGGGAUAUAUGCAGUGCCACCUGUGGGCUUGGCAUGAAAAGAAGGGAACGGAUGGUGAAAAUGCCCCCGUCUGAUGGUUCCAUUUGUGGGGCUGAGGUGGUGGAAGCAGAGAAGUGUAUGAUGCCAGAAUGCCAUACUAUCCCGUGUUUACUGUCCCCGUGGUCUGACUGGAGUGAUUGCAGUGUGACAUGUGGUAAAGGCACACGGACACGUCAACGCAUACUCAAAUCACCUGCAGAGUUGGGAGAAUGCAGUGAGGAGCUGGAACAGAUGGAGAAAUGCAUGCUGCCAGAGUGUCCGAUGGACUGUGUGAUGUCAGCGUGGUCUGAGUGGUCAGAGUGCAGUAAGUCCUGUGGGAAGGGUCACUUGAUCCGCACACGCAUGAUCACUCUGGAGCCUCAGUUUGGAGGAGAUCCAUGCCCUGAGACCAUACAGAGAAAAGCAUGCAAGAUCAAGAAGUGUAAUCAAGGAGGCUUAAACAGUGAUGAGAGGAAGAGACGCAAAGAAGACCGUAAGAAGAGGAGGAACAAACAGGGACGGGAAGAGAGCGCAGAUGAGCUCGCAGGAUGCAAAAUGAAGUCGUGGUCUGGAUGGACUGACUGUACCAAGCUAUGUGGUGGAGGAAUCCAGGAACGGCUAAUGACGGCCAAGAAGAGAUUCAAAAAUGUGCAGUUAAAUAGUUGUAAAGACCGAAAGGAGAUACGGGCCUGCAAUGUCCACCCCUGCUAGGCCUGUACUGAAUGGGCUUGUGGGAUGGGACCCAAUCUAGAUUAUGAACGGACUGUGAUACAAUGUCUUGCAGUAAUUUAAUGCACUCUGUUUGGGGUUGGAAAGCUGCAACAGGUAGUCUAUUAUUUUUACUUUUGUUUUCUAGAAUUUAUAGUGAUCCAGGCCUUGUCUAGCCUGUAAAUGGACAAGAAACCAACAAGGGAGGGUGCUCAGAGUUGCAAUGUACUGUACAAUUCAGAUGUAUUAAUAUGCAUUAAUAUUUAACAGUCCUGUUAGGAGCUUUGAAAUGGUUUUGAAGAUUAAUUUUUUUAUAAGCAGGACCAUGGCAUUAACAUGUUCUGAAAUGAAAUUUAAAACAAAUUUCUUAUUUUAAACUCUGUGAUCUAAACGAACACACACACACACACACACACACACACACACACACACACACACACACACACACACACACACACACGCACACACACACACACAUAUACAGGAAAUAUAAUACUUCAAAAAGAAAUGACUUUAAAAUCACAGUCACAUGAGUCAGUGGUUCAAAGGCAGUUUCAAUUUUGAGCACAACUGUGUGUAUAUAUAUAUAUAUAUAUAUAUAUAUAUAUAUAUAUAUAUAUAUAUGUUUUUCCCCCCUCAGCUAUUACGAAAAAUUGACAAGCACACAUGUUCACAUUCACCCUGCAAUCAAAGUGAUAAGAAGAGCUGCAUUUAGAUGCAAGCAAACAUUUGGAUAGAUACUGAAACUUACAAUAUGGAACUAUUGACAAAAUCUUAAAAAUGUAAAAACACUGUUAUGUAUUUACAGCUAUAGAUGUCAAAUAUUUACAAAAGUUGAACCAAAUAUUUAUGUCAUAAAUAUAUGUAUAGCUAAAUUUUUACCAUUUUGUGGAUUUUAGAUCUAUACCACCAAACCUAAACAUAAUUUUAUAGAGAGUAUACAUAACAGGUAGAAAAAUGUAUAAUGACAAGUGACAAGUUUAGUUUCAAUAUACCAUUAUAUAGAUAUUUAAUGCUAAUCACUAAUCUCACUCCUACCUCUAAACACAACCUAACCAUUUCUUAAAAAUAUAUUCAGUAUAAAGAAUAAUGUAACAGACAGAAGUGUAAUCACCAAUUACAAUUUAUUUAUUGCUAAAAUGUCUAAAGGCAAGACAAGAGCAGUCCAAUAAUGAUGUGUUGCAUUCAUUCAUCUCUGUUUUUUGAAUCACAGCAUGGUGAGAAAAAAUAUUUUCUGUCCUACAGCAAACAAAAUAACAUGACAAGUAAUGGUUAAAUGAUUACAGAAUUAUUUAUUUAUUUUAAGGUUUUAAAAAGUAGCCUUGUUUAACAAUAUGUAAUCCUUUGAAUCAAGUAGGCACCAGAAGUCACACAGAACAGAAUUAAAUGUUAUAAUUUCAAAUGAGGUAAAUGAGUCAACAGUGUUAAACGCAUUUUAAAACAUAGUCUCAUUGAUCAUAAAUACAAAAUCAAAAGAUUUUUUCCACAAUUUGAAUAUUUAUAAAUAAGUAUUCAUAUAAGUAUUCAUAAUGUGUGUCUAUGAAGUUGUUCAUACAUAAAUAAUUUACAUUUUAGAUGUUGUCAGUGUUGUACUUUUUUGUCUAUUCAAAUGCAAGUAAAUGGUAGAACCACACUAUUCAUAAAAUACAUGAGAUGAGAUGAGAUCACAAGAUCACUUUGAUACACAAUUUCUUGCAUAAUUGUUUACUUGCAUCUAAAGACUGCUAUUCUUUUAGUUUUGACACCUUUAAAAACUAUUAUUUUAACUUUUUACUCCACUUAGCUUCUCAAUAUACAGUGGCCCAAAACGAAUUUUGAGACUUAGUCUCACUUAAAAUGUAUGAUUUUUUUAUUGCACUGGAAGAUAUAUUAUCAAACCAAAUGGCACCCGCAAACAAAUGAUGUUAGACCUACUUUUAGAGCUUACUUCAGUUUGGACUUCUUUUUAAAUUGACUUUUUUUCAGCUGGUAUCACACAAGUGUCCUAGCAAAGUACAAGUGUAGUUCAUCACUUUAACUUGUUCCAAUAUACAAACAAACAGACAAUAAAUAAAUAAAUGCUCCUCUAACAUUUGACAAGGUGUGCAAAUAAAAAAUAAUGUAUUUAUUUUGACCAUUACCUCUAUUGUUUAAUCUUUUAAAUCAUAUCAGACAUGUUGAAAAGUGUGCUUGUACAAUGUUUAAAAUAAAUAGUUCAUAGUUUUAUAUAUUUUGUCUAAUGCAAUAACAUUCAUACAGGUUAAGUAUGUUUUCACUGUCUUAAUAUUUUGGGGAAACAUUGCAACACUAAUUAUUACUUUCAAACAAAAAGUAGAAAAAUAUUAACAUUCACAUAACUAUUGUUAAGUUGUUGGAAACAGAUCUUUAUUUUUCACAGCCAAAUCCCUUGCAGCAUAAACAUUUGUGCACUAUGAAAGAAAGAAAGACCACUGAGAUUAAAAUAAUAAUAAUUAUAAUAAUAAUUUCAAUUAAGAAAAUUAAGACUUAAUUCACAAUUCAUUAAGCCUAUAGGAUGUAUAGUACAGGUAGCAUCUGCAGUUAUUAUAUAUAUAUAUAUAUAUAUAUAUAUAUAUAUAAAGACCCAGUCAAUUUGCCAAUUUGCCUGUAUAGUUUCCCUUUUGUAAAUCAAGACCUAGACUGGUAAUAUGUUUGAUUUUAACAUGAUCUCUGCCCAGAAGUAUUUCCAUGUAUACAACCCAGCUGUACUUACUUUUGCAAGAUUACUGUAAAAUUGUUGUGAGAAAAUAUACUAUUCUUGAGUAAUGAUAAUGGCCUUAAGCCAGUUCAAUUAAGUAAUGGAACUGUUGUCUCCUGUGAUUAAUUUUUGGUGUGUAAUUUUCCUGAACUAAAGCACAUAUAACCAGCCAUUCCAGGAUUUUCUAUGUCUCAUGUUUGAAAAUGAAUGCUGUCUAGGACCCACUGAUCUGUUAUUAUUUUGUUCCCCACUGUAAGACAUGUAGAUACCAUUUAACUGAAAUAUGUUAAUUUGUUGGAUUUUGAUUUGCUUUGGGUUUUUUAUAAGAAAUUAUUCUUACCAAAGUCUUGCAUUGAUGUUUUGUAGUUGUCUCUCUUCCUUGUUGGUCCUCUGACAUGAUUCAGACUUUUUGAAUAUUUCCCCUUUACAAUAAAAGGAAAUAGUAUCAAA